UCAUCGCGUCAGUGCAGAGCGGAGGGAAUUUCCUUCAGCGUGUGUUAAAGGGGCGGAAGUCAGUCAGACGCUCGGUUGAGUUUCAAAACUCGUUUUGUCUCUCCUCCUCACUCACAGUUGGACUCCACAGCGGCUCAGAGCAGCUCAGAGGCUGUGAAUUGGACUUUUUGGCAGUACCCACGACAGCGACCCGCUCCACCAUGAGUAACUACAGCGUGUCCUUGAUCGGACCUUCACCCUGGGGCUUCAGACUUCAGGGUGGCAAGGACUUCAGCAUGCCGCUCACCAUCUCCAAACUGACAGAGGGUGGAAAGGCAGCGAAGGCCAAGAUCAGCGUUGGGGACGUUGUGCUCUCUAUAGAUGGCAUCGCCACAGAGGGAAUGACACACCUGGAAGCCCAGAAUAAAAUCAAAGCCUGUACGGGAAACCUGAACCUCUCGCUGCUGAGAUCUUCCAGUGUCACUAAAACGGAGGCCCCGAAGGAGGAGCCGCAGGAGAUCAUAAAGCCCGUUCCCAUCACCCAAACGCCCGCGGCCGCCAGCAGCCCCGCCAGCCUGGCCCCGGGAAACAGCGCCUACAAUAAGACGGCGCGGCCCUUCGGCGGGACCGUAAACACGGUCAGAUCGGUCAGUCCGUCCCCUGCCGCGCCCAAAGCCUCCAUCCCCUCCGCCUCCUCUGCGUUCACCCCGGCCGCUCCGUCCCAGCAGCCUCCUCAGCCUCCGUUCCCGCUGGGAGCCAAUCGCACGCUGUCCUCUCCUAGCUCCGCCCCUAAACCCGCCUCUGGGCGCUCCCCCUUUGCUAACUCCUCCUCCACGUCAUCUUCUGGCUCCUCCUCCCCGGCGAGAGUGACGGUUCCGGCUCCGCCCCCGGCCCCUGCGCCCGCCCCCGCUGCCCCUCAUUCGUCCGUGUAUAACACGCCCAUCAACCUCUACUCCAAUGAGAACGCGUGUGAAGUUGCCAUGGGUCAGAGACGCGGCCUGCUGGAGGGCAGAGUCACAGGGGAACAGCACAACGGAACCGCCCGUAAGCCCGUCCUGGAGGUGGAGGGGAACCACGUUCCUGCGCUGAGCGACGCCAGUAAGAAGCGUCUGAUCGAGGACACGGAGGACUGGCACCCGCGCACCGGCACGUCUCAGUCGCGCUCCUUCCGCAUCCUGGCGCAGAUCACCGGCACAGAGAACGAGCAAGCUCAGGAGAACCGGCCUGGAAAGAAUGAGGCCGCAGAGCAGCUUCAGCCCAGUUCUCAUGCCAUGACUUCAGUCAAAACCAUGAGCAAAGCGCCCGCUGGAGCCCCGCGGCAGGGAAACGGCGUCCCUCCGCCUGCAGCCAAGGGCUGGCAGUCGAGCAGCGCCGCAGGGUUUCCCAAAGCAGGUGCACCUGCGCCGCAGACGGGCCCCUCGUUCGGACGGGUCAGCGACAGCGUCCCGAAGGGCCCGGAACGACCCGCGCCUCAGGUUCACCCCGACGACGAUUCGCUGGUGCAGAGAGCCGAACACAUCCCGGCGGGAACACGCACGCCCAUGUGCGCCCACUGCAACAUGGUCAUCAGGGGUCCGUUCCUGGUGGCGCUGGGCAAGUCGUGGCAUAAGGAGGAGUUCACCUGCACUCACUGUCACAGUUCUCUGGCAGACGUGGGUUUCGUGGAGGAGCAUGGCUCCGUUUACUGCGAGCGCUGUUACGAGCAGUUUCUGGCCCCGAGCUGCUUCAAAUGCCAGCAGAAGAUUCUGGGGGAAGUCAUCAAUGCCCUGAAGCAAACCUGGCAUGUGUACUGCUUCCUGUGCACCACCUGCCAGCAGCCAAUCCGCAACAACACCUUCCACCUGGAGGACGGACAGCCGUACUGCGAGAUGGAUUACUACACCCUGUUUGGCACCAGCUGUCACGGAUGUGAUUUCCCCAUCGAAGCGGGCGAUAAGUUCCUGGAGGCGCUGGGAUUCACCUGGCACGACACCUGCUUCGUCUGCGCGGUGUGCAGCACGAGUCUGGAGGGUCAGACCUUCUUCUCCAAGAAAGACAAGCCCCUGUGCAAGAAACACUCUCACACCGUCCAGUUCUGAUCUCAGAACAGAGUCAAACGCGCUGAUGGUCACAUUUGACUCUUGUCAGAUUCAUUUUAGUAAACGAAUGAGAAAUAUUGGCUUCAGUUUCCCUCCAAAAGCUCAUCAUGAGAUCAGAAACGGCGUUAAUGGUUGAUCUGCUUUACUGAAUAAGGUUCGGUUUAAUAUCCAGUGUUGCAUUGUGGGUGUUUUUGUCUGUUUUUGAGCAAGUUUCAUGCAUUGCAGUGUUUGAUUGAGAUCUUUACCACGAUUGAAAAUAAUUUUGACAUGCAGAAGAUAUUUCAUUAGUUAUUUUCAGCAUUACAGAAGUUCUUAUUCUAUUUUCCACAUGUAUUUAAAGAGCCAUUGACUCGGUGAUAAUAUAUUUUCACACUCGUAAGAUCAGCGUACGUGUGUUCGGCCGUUUGGACGGCGUCUCUCUUUCUCCUCGUCCCGCUACAGUUUGGCCAGCUCUCCUCAUGCAGGUAUAUUUUAUAUUUAUUGAGGCGGGACGGGGAUUUCGGGGGCUUUCCAGGAGCUUUGCACGUGUUUAACGGCACCGACAGCGUCAGUGCUUUCAGAACGGUGAUAUUUAAUGUUUUAUGAGUUAUUUCUCUGCUCUUUUAAUUGUGUCAGGUUUGUGGAUUGUCUGAUCGUCUCACUGCCUUUAUUUGUAUUAAUAUACUGAAAUGUGUUUCAUGUUUAGGCCUAAAGUAAUUCAGAUUUGUUCUAAUUGUUAGCAGUCGUUUUUAAGCUAAUGAGGGUUGAUGGUUCAUGUGCAUCUUCAUUAACUUUGUUCUAGUUGCCUGUUAUUCACUUCUUUAAUCUGAGAUGGGAUGAAAAAUAAAACACUGUUCUUCUCAAA